AGGGAAAGGGAGAGAGGGAGACGAGGUAAAGUAGGUGCCGUCCACCUGACCAGCCUCAGCCAUGCAUCAUUAAUGGACAUGCAUCAUUGAUGACGUCCGCUGCCCACAGGCAGAGCGUUACUGUCCCCCUCUCCAGUCACCCCCCGGGGCCUGUAGCUCAGCAGACGGAGAGAUCCAGGUCUUUGUUUCAUAUCUGUCAUCCUUUAAGUGAUUAUGCUUAGAGCUGCACAGGUGUGCCAGGAGAAAUCACUCUCUAGUUUAACCAUCAGAGGGCAUUUUCAGGUAUAUUCUCCUCCAGGUGCGACAGACUCAAGAGAUCCAUGAGUGGCACCGCUGGAUCUGCACCCCCGACAGCUGUGCUCGGCCUGGGCAUGGACGUCAGUGAGCCCCAUCAGUGGCACCAGAGAGCCGCGCAGAAGAGCAGAGCUUCAGUCCAGACCUACCUGCUCACCAGCACUGUGCUCCCGCCACCCACAGCAGGAGGGAGCAGCAGGGGGACCAAGACCCCCCUGAGGCUGCCCUCCCUUGUAGCCAAAGGGCCUCGCAGGCGAAGCACCAUGGCUCGUCUCAGCCUCAGUGAGCCAUCCCUCCUCACCCCAAAGGAGAACAUUAUAUUUGAGGGAUUCUCCAGCAACCGUCGCCCCAAUGUUUUACAAAAACGACCCCCACCUCCUCCAUUUUGGAAGAGCAGCCAGCCUCGUCAGCAGCAGAGGCACCAGCACCAGGUACAAAGCUGCAGCAGGUCGGCCUAUAUUCACUUCUCUCAGGCCAUCCAGCCCAGCUCCAAGCCAAGACCGGUGAGGCGUCAUUCACAUAACCCAACCCUGAGCUCAGAGAUGGCACAGGGUGGCUUCCGACCUUUAGCGAUGCAGUCUCAGGCUGAGCCUCUGUCUGUCGUUGGGAAGCCGUGUCUUCUGAACUGCAGUCAACGCCCUGCCAUGGCCACUGGUCCAGGACGCACCCAGCUUCAUGUGUUUCUGCCCACUGAGGCGGAGGGAGAGGAGGUGGACAGUGAGUCUGUGGAUGAAGGCUUCAUGGAUGAGUUGGACAGUAAGAUAACUUCCCUGAAGCUCCAGCAGGGAGCGCCAAAGAUGGUUGGCGACUGAAAGACAAAAACAGACGAAUCUUUGUUACACUAUAUGGCCAAAAGUAUGUGGACACUACUCUUGUGGAGCUGUUUUUAUGGUUUGGGUUAGAUUUUGU